ACUGAUGGUGUGAAAUCUUCACGCUGAUGCCCUGCAGGAUAGGAGGAACCCCUCAGUAACUAGAUUGUGUUGGGUUGGGUGUGGACUGUACCCGUUCUCAAGUGAUUAAAAUAAUUAACCUAUCAGAAGACCAGCUGGGGAAAAAAGUACUAUCAGUUGAUCAGCUGAUGAGCUGGAGAAUUCAGUCGUUCAGGAAGCAUCUCAUGGAUGCCACAGCUGAUGGAAGAAGAGAGGAACAAAGUAGAGGCAUCAAAUUCUUUUGUGGUGUGCUUAGCUCUUGUUGGCUCCGCUCAGCCACCUGAGAACUGGCCAGGCCUUUGGUUUUACUUGUUUUUGUAUUGUGCUGCAGUAGUACAAUUGUGAGAUGAAGGGAGGAAUUUUGUUGGUUGCCUUGCUGUGUGAUUUCACAAGGCAACAGCUGAAGAAUUCAGGUAUUUCUUGAUGCCAGAGAGUGAAGACUGAAUUUUCAGAUGUUAAAGUCAGUUUAAGUAUUGUCUUUGCCUCUUCCUGUUUGCUUUCUCUGAACAACUGCACCUGAAGGAAUUUGAGGAUUUUUGGAUGGAGUGUGGUUUAGGAGCAAGAUAUCAGGAUGCCUGACCUAGAAGACCCUGUGGAAGAUUUAAAGAAGAUCAGCGAGAAAAUGAAAGAACUUAGUGAAUCACUGUCCAACAACUGGAUCUCUGACUCAGAGAUUUUUCAGGAUCCUGAUGAUUUCUUCGUUUCUCCUAGCCCCAGUUUUGGAACUCUUAUUGCCAUCGGAGUUACUGUUUUUGCAGUGAUUGUCAUUACUAUUAUUCUGUGCCUCACCUGUUCCUGUUGCUGUCUCUACAAAGCAUGUCGAAGACCACGGCCUGUGGUGACCACCACUGCCACCACGACGGUGGUUCACUCUGCGUACCCCCAGCAGCCAGCGGUGCCACCCAACUACCCAGCAGCUCCAUACCAAGGCUACCAGCCCGUGGCUGUCCAGCCCCAGCCGGGGAUGCCGGUGGCUCCGUACCCUGCUCAGUACCCUCCCCCUUACCCCAUGCAGCCAGCAGGACCCCCGGCCUACCAUGAAACUGUGGCAGCUGGUGCUGGAGCCCCUUACCCCACCCAGCCCCCUUACAACCCUGCUUACAUGGAUCCUCAGAAGCCCACCUAUUGAAAAGCUCUUCUACUGUGCUUCUGCAUACAAAACUCUUCAAGAUAUCAUUUGUUCUGUUUACACCAUGCACCUGUGCUAUAUUUUUCUGGAAGACAACAAUCUUUUGUCUAUGUAGAGAGAAAAUCAAUUCAGUACCUUCUUAUUUUUAAUACUCCAAGGAAGGAGUAUUUUUCUUGCAGGAGUUAAUUUAUACCUCAAGCAAAUACAAAAAGAGAUUUUGCUCUAGAUACGAAACGCCAAGAAGGAGCAUUUCAGAAAUAUAGAACCACAAUACUAUUUGCUGUGCAAUAAUUUUGAGAGGAAUGGUCUAAUAUGAGCAUUGCAAAUACCCAAAGCUGUAGCAAUCUUUUGCACAGUAUUAAAAUGUAAAAACUUAACACCUAAGAAACUACCUGAUACAUGUUAUGUAAGUUCUGCCUGUUUUGAAGCUACUAUUGUUAGGUAAGCUACCAUUUAAUACAUUUGAUUUACCAUUCAAAAGGGAAGGUUUGCUAUGUAUUUACCUUUGGUAAGGGGUAGUAAACCACAUUUAAUUGCAUUUGAGCUAAUUCUAAAUAGCACAAGUUGGUUAUUUCCUUGUUUUCUGUUCCAGUUUUAAGGUUUAUAAACUGUGCAUCCGUUGGGUGUUAUAGCUAGACAUUAACAGAAUCUCUGCCACUUAAUGGACCAAAUAGAUCAAAAGCUGAAACCCUGAAAAUUCUUCAUAAAAAUGAUUGGAUGAGUAUUUCUUGUUCAGGUAGUAUUGGACAAGCUUACUUCAGCCAUCUGUUCUUGGUGAGUUUGGAAUUAGGAUCAGCCCCUUAAUCACACGUUAAGCAGAGGUACCUUGGCAGUAUUCAGUCCUGCCUCAUCACAGAAAAGGAAUUUGUUUUACAGGAGAGAUGGGAUGUUAGCAGAAGAUUGGGGUUUUCAAAUGCUCAGGGUUUUUCCACUGUCUCUAGUGGGAACUGUAGGUGGCAGGAACCUAAGAAUUACAGACCUUUAUAAAUCCAGUCUGCAUUGGAGUAACAAUAUGCUGGGUGAAGAGUCACAGUGGGCAUUAAACCUCCUUUUGUCUUCAACAUUCCUAUGAAGCUGAGCAGAGAAGGAGAAGUCAGGGAAAGGAAGGAUUUGGUCACAGCCAGCUAAUGUAUUUUUAAGAAAGUAAUGCUUUCAGUCAUGAAACAUCUUGAGGCAUCCUCAUGACUGUUAACACUGCUGGGGCUUUAGGCUUUGUGAAUCUUUUAUUGCUCUAACAAAUAAGGUGGAGGGAUGUUUCACUGUCUUCAACAAUUCAGUUUUCUGACAUUGAAAUGCAAUUUGUUGUUAAUCCUCAUAGAACGAUGUUCUUUGCAUGUAUCACUGUGACAUAAUCAGUGAAAUAAUUUUAACAUACCUUUUACACUGAUUUUACUUUUUUAGAGAGGCCAUUGAGCCUUUUGUCCUGUGAUUCUACAUUUGGGGUAUAUUAUUGUUUGGUGGUAUUGUUUUACCUCACGGAGCGGGUGGAAAUUGCUGCUGUCAAAGGCAGCCUUGUUCCUCUUCCUGAUUUUUUGAGUCUAUUUCUGGAUUAUUCCAGUUAUUUUUUUAAGGAAGUUUUCAGGGCAUUUCAGAAGAAACCUCUUCAAAGUUUUUACAUUGGGGUUCCUCACAACCUGUGCCCCUCUGUUAGCACCUCUCUGAGUGUUGAAGUUAAUAGCAUGAAAUGGUGCCGAGAGGCACUUAGAGAGCAGGUAUCCACAUAUCCUGUGUCUGUGUAUUCUCUUUCCUGCCUUGUCAGCUGAGAAAUUGGGCAAAACCGUCAUUACACUGUCAGGUGUUACAUGGGAACAACCAAAAAAGGAUGGUGUCUCCUGUAUGGUGGAGGAAGUGUUGCCUUAGAAAUCUGGAGUGUUUCUGUGGGAGGGCACUGAGUAACUGGGGAAAUAAAUCCCUUGCUACACAUCCUGCCCUUGGUGUUUAUUCCUGGAGAAGGAGGGUAGAGAUUGUUCCAGCAGCUUUGUUAGGCUGGGUGGAGCCAGGCUGGGGAGAGCACAGGUACAGCAUCCAGUGUGCGGCUUCCUGAGGUUUUUACUGUGCCCUGCUCUUCCUGUCCCCCAGCUGGUGUGACAAAGGGAGCAGCUCAUGGCAGUCACAGUGUCAUGUUUGGGUUGUGAGAGGGAAAUCUGCGAUUUCAUGGCAGGGUGGCUCAGUCAAUGUCCCUGAGGAGGUGGGAGGAAAGUCAUGCGGCGGCAGUAGCAGAUUCCCAAAUACAAUUCCCAAAUUGUAGGUUUUGGGGUGGAAAUUGUACAGACCAAACAGAUGAUCCUGAAUUGCCACUGCUCUGUGUGUGGUGGUGGGAGAUGAGGGGUGGUUAGGGUCAAGGAGCCUGAAAAUGGACACAAAGGAAAGCUUUGGUGGACAUGUGCAAAUGAGAGCUAUAUAGAACUGAAGAGAAUCAAUUAUUAAUGAACUGUCUUAGCAGUUCAUUACUGAUUCCAUUGCAAAACCUAUUGAAAGAAGAUAAAAUGGUCCAAUUCACAAUUAAUGAUUGUGAUUAAUUUCUUAUUGUUCAUUAAUCAUCAUUAACAAUGAGGUAUAGGACCAAAUUUUUAUUUGGUUCUUGCCCUGCAGCCUUGUUGAAGCUUGUUUUCAAAUACUGGAGAGAAUGGGAUGGUUACAGAAAAGAUGGAGAUGAUCCAAAAGUUUUCAGUACAGGCACUGCUGAUGUGUCAGUCCCAGUAGCUGUUGCCUUCAUGUCACACUUGUUCUCCACAGUGCUGUAGGGAGGGAGCUAAGACUUUAAAUGUUGAUUAUAUCUUUUUUUUUUUUUCAAAUUCUGUAAGUGCCUUUGUUUCAGAAAUGUUUUGUGAAAUUAAAGACAGUAGAAUAUUGAAUUUACUAGAUAGUCAUUGUUGCUUUUGUUACAUACUGUAACCUCGCUUUGUAUGUUGUUUGUAGGUUCAACAUUAAGUAUUCAAACCAAAUGGCAUAAACUCUAUGCACCUUUGUAAUAAAUGCAGUGUUUGAAGUA